UUUCCACGGAGACGCUGCCAACAAGACCAACAAGAGAAAUCAGGAAGAACAGAAAGACAAACGAAGCUGCAGGUGGAAUACGGCGUUUCUGAAGAAGAGCCGUGACCAGGGUGAAGGCAGCGAGAGCUGAUUUGGAUUCAGCAGCAUGGAUCAGGAUCAGGAUGUGAAUGAGAGCGUUCCUCUGCUCAGAGAGCAGAAGAAACAGAGCAGAGGUCAAAGAGCAGAGGAGCCACAUCCCAUCCCAACAUGUCUGACUUGGUGCUGCUCACUCUGCAGCACACAGAGACCAGACUCACCCGAAGCUCGACCCGUAACUGGACCAGAGACCGUGUCAGAAUAUGAACCCCACUCUGGAUCAGAAACCAUAUCAGUUUAUGAACCUGAAUCUGUACCGGUACCAGAACCCCAGAAUCUAUCAGGAUACGGACUCAACUCUAAACCUGAACCUCCAUCUGAGACCUUAUCAGGAUGUGAACCUGGAUCAGAACUGGUACCAGAACCUGACUCUCUGUUGGGAUUUGAACCAAAACCUGAACUUGUGUCAGGUUUUGGAUUAAUGUCAGUACCAGAACCUGAGACGUUAUCGAGUUAUGAAUCCAACAAUCAGACCAUCUCUGAACCUGAAAACUGUCUCUCCACCAAUCACAGCCACAGUCAGAGACCGGACUCUCCUGAACCUCAACCUGGACCUGAGGUAGCAUCUGAACACAAACUCUACGCUGAACUGGAAACCGGAUCAGAAACCAAAUCACUUCAUGAACCUGACUUAGUACCAGACACUGAGGCACCAUCAGGGUUUGAACCCAACUCUGAACCUGAACUUCAAUCUGAGACCUUAUGUGGAUCAGAACCGGUACCAGAACCUGACACCCGGCUGGGAUUUGAACCCAACUCUGAACUUGUAUCUGGAUCAGUUAAUGAACCUGAAUCAGUAUCAGUACCUGGAUCUGAGACUCUGUUCGGAUUUGAACCUUUACCUCCAACUAUCGCUGAACUUACAGAGCUUCCUGAACCUAAACCUGAACCUGAUCCUGAUCCUGAACCUGAACCUGAUCCUGAUCCUGAACCUGAACCUGAACCUGAUCCUGAUCCUGAACCUGAUCCUGAUCCUGAACCUGAACCUGAACCUGAACCUGAACCUGAACCUGAUCUUGAACCUGAACCUGAUCCUGAACCUGAACCUGAUCCUGAACCUGAACCUGAACCUGAUCCUGAUCCUGAACCUGAACCUGAACCUGAUCCUGAACCUGAUCCUGAACCUGAACCUGAUCCUGAUCCUGAUCCUGAACCUGAUCCUGAUCCUGAACCUGAUCCUGAUCCUGAACCUGAACCUGAACCUGAUCGCUCUUCCACUCAAAGCAGCACACAGAAACCAGACUUUCCUGAACCUCAACCUGGACCUGAGACUGUGUCCGAACACAAACCCAAUGCUGACCUUUUGUCUGGGUCAGAAACCAAAUCAGUUCAUGAACCUGACUCAGUAGUCAAGUCUGAACCUGAACCUCCAUCUGAGACCUUAUCAGGAUGUGAAUCUGGGUCAGAGCUGGUACCAGAACCUGUCACCAUGUUGGGAUCUGAACCUUUACCUCAUCCUCAGGCCAUCUCUGAACCUCUGGAGGGUUCUGGACCUGAAGAUGAAAUCUCUACCAAUCAAAGUCACACAGAGGAACCAGACUCUCCUGAACCUCCUGCUGUACCUGGGCUUGAAAUUGAAUCCAAAGACGAACCCUACUCUGAACUUGUACCUGGAACUGAACCCAUAUCAGAUAACGAUCCUGAAUCUGAGACAGUAUCAGGGUUUGAACCCAACACUGAACCUGAGCUUCAAUCUCAGACAUUUAUAGGAUGUGAAUCUGGAUCCAAGCUGGGACCAGAACCUGACACCCUGUUGGGAUCUGAUCCAUUACCUCAUCAUCAGAGCAUCUCUGAACCUCCAGAGGGUUCUGGACCUGAAGACGAUCACUCUAACAAUCAAAAGUAAGUUUCUGUUAUGUCACCUAUGUCUGAAAUAUCAUGUGGUCAGACUGGAUGAAGUUGGUGUGGUUGAAGCAAACACUCUGGGGUUGGAGGAAUUCAUGGAACCCAGAGUUAAGGGCUUUCAUUUGGCUUCAAGGUUAUUCAACAGACAACGUAAAGCAGCUCCUUCCUAGAUGAUGACAGAUUUGUGAACCAGCAGAACUGGAUAGAGGGCUGCAGGGUUAUCAUGGUUGAUCUGGCUCCAUAUUGUUUGGAGAGUUGGAACAAUUAGUCCUGGCUAUUUUAUUUUAUUUUAUUUUUUUCAUUUUUUUUCUCCGAAGAGUUUUUGCGGCGCUAGUGGCUCGUAUU